AGGAGGUUCAGUUCAAACCUGCGGCGCGUAGAAAGCAGUCCCAGAGUGUAACACAGAGCUCCCAGCUGGUCGGAUUUUUACUGGAUCUCCAACCAGAUCACGUCACCAGAGAAAUCAUGAAAUCUCCCAAGAUGAACUCUCAGGGCAAACCGAGGCUGCCGGAGGAGGAGGAGGCGCUGACGGAGGUGCUGUGCGAGUUUGACGCGGUGAUGGAGGACUUCACCUCCCCGGUGGAAAAACGUCACUUCCGGUACGACGAACACCUGAAGACCGCGAAGAGACGCAGCAGCACGAGCGUCAGUGAUAGCGGCUUCAGUGACUCAGAGAGUGCAGACUCACUCAACAGAAACAGUUUUAGUUUCAGUGAUGAGAGACUGAACUCCCCCACCGUGCUCUCUCCCACCACCACCUCCCCCCCUCUCAUGUCACCCAAAGCCAAACUUGGAGACACCAAAGACCUGGAGGACUUCAUCGCCGACCUUGACAAGACGUUAGCGAGCAUGUAACAUGGAGACAUGAAGAUGCAGAUUCAUCUUGGAGUGAAGCCAUGAGGGAGGAAGAGAAUAUGGGGACACCAAGGGAGCAGCCUAACCACCCCCAACCAGCCCCCACCCCCACCCACACACACACACACACCACCCAGUUGGGUACAGAGUGACUGGCAGGUGACGAAUCAAAUCAAAACAGCUUCAACUGGUUGCUGUCAGCAGUGGCAACCAGGCCACCAAACCACCGAACCACCAAUUCACCGGGCCACUGAAUCACUGGGCCACCAAGUCACUGAAUCACAGGGCCACUGAAUCACAGGGCCACCAAGCUACCGGGCCACUGAGUCACAGGGCCAUCAAGCUACCGGGCCACUGAGUCACUGGGCCAUCAAGUCACUGAAUCACAGGGCCACUGAAUCACUGGGCUACCAAGUCACUGAAUCACCAAACCACCAAGCCACUGGGCCACCAAACCACAAAGUCACCAAACCACCGGGCCACCCAAGUCACCAAACCACCAGGCUACCAAACUACCAAGUCACCAGACCACCAGGCUACCAAACUACCAAGUCACCAGUCACCACGCCACCAAACUACCAAGUCACCAGACCACCAGGCUACCAAACUACCAAGUCACCAGACCACCAGACCACCAGGCUACCAAGUCACCACGCCACCAAACUACCAAGUCACCAGACCACCAAACUACCAAGUCACCGAAUCACCAGGCCAUACUGGCUGCAAAAAGACAGAAAAUGAAAUCUUGAUGGCUUGACUCAGAUGACAUCACGAGGACAUGGAUCCCAGGAAAGCGACACAUUAACAGAUGCUCUGGAGACUAAAGUGGUUAUCCUUCAUUUCUUCAGUAGUCCAUUCUCGUGCCACAAACCCCUGAGUUGCAUGUGAAACAGACACGAUCCUGAGUGCUAGGAAAGUGUUCACAUUCAGGUCACCAUUUCCGACAGUUGUACAUCCUGCUAUAACAUCGGCAAUAUCAUCUGGUGGUGACAAUCUGUAUAUUUUGGAGAAAGAGCAGUGAAGACAAGUGUCAUCCGACAUGGAAAUUUCAGGCGACAUAUCAAUCCAUAGCAAACGUUGUUUUUCUAUUCUGCAUUUGAGAUAUGCUUCUUCUUCUUCUGCUGCUGCUCCUCCUCCGGACUCGACACACUUCCUGUGCAGCUCCAUUUGUAUACUUGGUGGGAAUGAUGGAGCCCACACCAACAAAUGAUAACAUAGGAAUAACUGUAGAACAGUAAACACACUGACUGGUACUCCAGUAGGGAAGGCAUCAGACGUGCUGAACAGGAAGCGUCAGGGAUGACGUGACGUGUUGAACAGGAAGUGUCAGGGAUGACGUGACGUGCUGAACAGGAAGUGUUAGGGAUGACGUGACGUGUUGAACAGGAAGCGUCAGGGAUACAUGACGUGUUGAACAGGAAGUGUUAGGGAUACAUGACGUGUUGAACAGGAAGUGUCAGGGAUGACGUGACGUGUUGAACAGGAAGUGUCAGGGAUGACGUGACGUGCUGAACAGGAAGUGUCAGGGAUACAUGACGUGUUGAACAGGAAGUGUUAGGGAUGACGUGACGUGUUGAACAGGAAGUGUUAGGGAUGAGGUGACGUGUUGAACAGGAAGUGUCAGGGAUACAUGAGGUGUUGAACAGGAAGUGUUAGGGAUGACAUGAGGUUUUGAACCGGAAGUGUCAGGGAUACAUGAGGUGUUGAACAGGAAGUGUUAGGGAUACAUGAGGUGUUGAUCAGGAAGUGUCAGGGAUGACGUGACGUGUUGAAUAGGAAGUGUCAGGGAUACAUGAGGUGUUGAACAGGAAGUGUCAGGGAUACAUGAGGUGUUGAACAGGAAGUGUCAGGGAUACAUGAGGUGUUGAACAGGAAGUGUUAGGGAUACAUGAGGUGUUGAUCAGGAAGUGUCAGGGAUGACGUGACGUGUUGAAUAGGAAGUGUUAGGGAUGACGUGACGUGUUGAACAGGAAGUGUCAGGGAUGACAUGACGUGUUGAACAGGAAGUGUCAGGGAUACAUGAGGUGUUGAACAGGAAGUGUCAGGGAUACAUGAGGUGUUGAUCAGGAAGUGUUAGGGAUGACAUGAGGUGUUGAACCGGAAGUGUCAGGGAUAACCACGUUAGGUGGAGCUCUGCUGUUAGAAUCAGAGAGUUGGGCCGAGCUCCGCAUCCAAAUCGUGAGCUGGAAGAGUUUUUGAGAAUAUCUUUUUAUAACAGAGGUAUAUUUGUAAUUUUAUAGAGCUGGUUAUUGUAAAUUUGUCUGUAAUACUUUUUUUGUUAAAUAUAUUUUUGUAUCUUGUGUAAAUAGUAAGUGUUUCAAAUCCUAUGUGCCGUAGUAUUAAAAGAACUUCUUUGGUCAACUUUGCAUUGGACCAACUCAGUGCCUGGAGAUGAGAUCGUUUCGUGCUUCUAACAAAUGUGGACGGAAAUCCCUCGUCCACUCCUGAAAAACUGGCAAGCAGUGCAUAUGUACUUUAAUGCAGCUAAUGUCUGUCGGAGACCAGAGCAAAGUCUGAAAGAUCCGUGUUUAUCAAGCGUCUCGUCUUUGCUUCUGACCGCAGCGUGGAUUUGGGGCUGUCUCAGUAUUUCAACACUGGUCUGUGUACAUGAUGUACACUUCAGCUUCCCUUUUGAUAUUCUGCAGCAGUUUAUGAGUUCUACACGGCAAUCUGUCUAUAUGUGCUGUAUGUAUGCUGUAUAAAUUAUAAGUAAAUAAUAUUUCAUAAAAAAUAAACAAAUCAAUAAAAAUAAAUAACUAAUAAAUAAAAGGUAUGUACACUGUAUAAUUACAGUACAGCAUAUCCCAACAAUAGAAGCUG